UGAAUGCAUUAACAAAAGCAUUUGGGUUAAAAGAAAAAGCAUAAAUUUUUGUAUUGAGAGACCCCUCCCUUUCUCUCUUUCUUUUUCCAGAUCUUUAAUCAGUUUUCUAUGGCUUCAUUUCCUCAUAAUUUCUACUCUGACCUUUAUCCUAACAAUUUUUCUGACCUUCAAACCCUAUUAAUGGCUGCUGGAGACAGUGGAAUGUGUGGCAUUCGGAACAACAACAACAACAACAACAACAUCGACUUAUUUGUUUCGAGGGAAGAAACUUUCAUCCCUUUCUUUGAUCAAACCGUGUCACCUGAGCAAUCGUCAUCUGAUACCGGCCUAUCGCCUUUCCUAACAAUGCAGCAUCCUGACCUAUACGGGCCGGUCUCCGAUAUGACCGUUCCGUCGUUGCCUGAAUUUAACAUGAGUACGUAUGACAUUCAUAGCUUAAUCACCUGUCAACCACAAGUCCCUGGUACAUGUAACUACGGCGACGAACUCUUAGGCUUCGUGCCCGAAUUGAAGCCCCUUUACCGCGACACAUGGGGAAAUCAGAGUAGGUAUGAGACACAUGCAGUGGAAGAGACAAAUAUUAAGGUGGCGAGUCGCUACUCAGAAGAAGAAAGGAAAGAGAGAAUUGUCAGAUAUUUAAAAAAGAGAAACCAGAGGAAUUUCAACAAAACCAUCAAGUAUGCAUGUAGGAAAACCCUAGCAGACAGAAGAACAAGAGUACGAGGAAGAUUUGCUCGCAAUAAUAAUGAACUUUGUGACAAUGAUCAUGAAAUCCCUCUCAAAACCAACCAAUUUUCUACCCCUAAUCACAACCUAAUUAAACAAAGAGAUCAAACGAACAAGGAAGAAGAAGAGAGCUGGCUACAAGAAUUGGCAGCAAGUUUAAUGUAUUUACCUUAUGUGACAAAUUAUGGAAUGUAAUUUGAGUAAAUUAACAAUAAUUAUUACUCAAAUGUAAAAUUUUAUAUGUAUAUCUACCCUUGUAUCUUAAACUAACUAUUUAAAAAUGGCCUUUGUUUUUUUUUUUUUUUUUUGUAGGCAUGGGGUUUUUAAAUUCUCUCUCUUUUUCAAUCUAGUGCUUCUUCACAGAUAAAAGUCAAGUUAUAUUUGAUUGCUUUUGUGAAGAUCAUGUGCCUGUAAUCUCUGUGUGUGUGUUGUUGCUAUAUGUAGUCAGGGCCCCUUUGGCCUUUGACCAAAGCUUCACAUGAGUUAUCAUUUCAUUUUUUUAUUUUUGGUUUAUGAAAUUUGUGUUUGCUUUU